AUGUUUGGUCGUCGCCAAAUGCAAAAACCAUUUGAAGACGCCUCAUUCGCUUUGGAUAUCGCUCAUAUGGUUUCCUGUCUUGACGAAUACGGUCCUGUUGAAGUGGAAGUGCCGAUUAAUAUUGCGCUUAUCAAGUAUUGGGGUAAGAGAGAUGAGGAUCUGAUACUUCCCGUCAACAGUUCACUGUCGUUAAACAUCGAUGCUCUCGUUGCGCGCACGCGCGUGCGAUGUUCUCGCAGCGUUACAGAUUCUGUCACGAUUAACGGUGUUGUGGUGGAUCUGGACAAGAGCAAAAGGUUUCGACGUUGUUUUGAUUUUGCUCGUGAUCUUCUAAAAAAGCAAAUAGAACAUGGAGAUACCAAGCUUAAUCUACCGACUUAUGGUUUCGAGGUAUCGUCUAGCACAAACUUUCCAGUUGCUGCUGGUCUGGCGUCUUCUGCUGCAGGAUUUGCUGCCAUUGCGAUUGCCAUUGGACAAUUGUUUGAGCUUUCAAUGACAGAGGUUUCAACUCUAGCCAGACUAGGUGCUCAGAAUGUUGUUAUUGGAUCAUUUUCAAUAGUGAUGUGGUUUCCUGUUUAA